AGAAGAACACCGCGCUUAAAAAUUACUCACAAUCGUAUGGAAUUUUCCCAUCACAGCAUUGUUAAAAUUUUUUGUUUGGUAAACAGUUUGUGCGUAUUUGUAAAUUUAUAGUGAAAAUCCACACAAUCAACAAGAGUGUUCCAUUAUAAGAGACGGGAAAAAUGGCAUAUGGGCGUAGCGCCAGAAUGCGCAACGCCAAUACUGGUGUGGCACACGCCACUACCUCUAAGGUAAUGCCUCAUGGCGAAUUCAUUGAUCGCAUACGCAAAUCGCUUUACUUUGGCGGCGGCGCAUUGGUGGAGGAAAUGCAAGUGUCACGUCCACUUGCUGAAUAUGCAUCGGAACUAUUUUCUGCACCGCACAAGGGACACUCAUUGAAUCGUUUAAAUACAGUAGCGGCUGGUAGUGUACAUGCCUCUCCCUGUUCACUCAUUAUGGCAUUGAUAUAUUUAGAUCGGCUGAAUGUAACAGAUCCGGGCUAUGUACGACGCAUAACUCCACAGGAACUUUUUAUUGUAUCGAUGAUGAUAUCGACGAAAUUCUAUGCUGGCUAUGAUGAGGAAAUCUAUUUGAGCGAUUGGGCUGAGGAUGGGCAUUUGACUGAGAAAAAAUUAAAGAAGUUAGAAUUGGAAUUUCUGUGUGCUAUAGAUUGGAAUAUAUACAUAUCGAAGGAAGUAUUUUUUGAGAAAUUAAGCGGCAUUGAGAAGCAACUCGCUCGACGUGAAGGUUUACGUCGUGGCUGGCUAACCUACACUGAGCUGAUACAAAUGCUACCCUCCUUUACAUUAGCCAAGUUUAUACUAAAUAAUAUUGCUGUGAUGGCAGUCAGUUAUGCCGCAAGUGUAAUAACCAUAGCUGGUGCCUUCUUUUUGGCCAGUCAAAUUCCAGGCACCGCACUACAUCGGAAAACUAUAUCUGCAGUAAUUAGUGGUCAGAUCGCAGUUCAACAAUCGACACCUAUUGUUGACUAUCGGGCUACUCUGCUGGAUGCUCAACCACGUCUACGCCGCACAAAUGGGAUCGAAAUAUCGAAAUCGGCUGCAAUUCCUACAACUACAACAAUCGGCGAAGGAACUGUACACAAUGCUACCUGCACAGCUUUAAAUGUUGAAGCAGAACUUUUGAAACUCGAAUGUCAGUAUAGAGCAGAAGAAAAACAGGAGGCAGUACGUCGCCGUCAACAUGAGAUUGAUAGUUCAACACGCUUGACAUUGCCGGAUGCAGUGCAACGUAUUGCUGGAGGAAAUAAGAAAUCAAAGAAUGCCUGGUACACUACUCGUUUUGGUAUAGACUUGGUACGAAAUUGGUUUGCGCUCAAAGUUAAGUAUACGGAUGGCAGGCUUGACGAUUGGUUACAAUCAUUGGAUGAUUUGCAGUCCCCUCGAAAGCAAGAAAAGAAAAAGCAGCAUGAGAUUAUGAUGGAUUGGAAUGCUUGGAGCUUAGGCAACUACACAACUUCAAUAUUCUGGCAGCUGCUCAGUGAUAACGCUCAACAAUCGCUUGUGCGUUUGCCAUCAAUGUGGAUUAAAUUUAUUUAGUAUAUGUUGACAUUCUUUACACAGCUGAGUUGCUACGCACAUAUGUAUGUACAACACAUUGAAUCUAUAAAUGUGUAAUUUUCGAGCAGAGUUUUUAUGGUAAUUCCACUUAAUUUUAUUAACUAUAAUGCAAAAUUACUAGGCAUUGGAAGCACUAAUUUUAAAUUAACAUUUUAUAUCAGAUUGAAUCAAUAUUUUAUAUAAAUGACAUCAUAUUAUUUACAAUUUCAGUUAAUACAAAAAACUGCGAUUUUUUUCACUACCACUUGAGUUAUCGCAAAACGCGGAUAUAAUCAAAUAUAUCUGUCUAAAACACUUUAAAUCAAUUAAUUUAUUUUUUUUCGGAUUUUCAGCUACUAUAAUAACAAAAUAAAUGUUCCUUGAUUUACUAGUUCUUACUAAAUUAUUAAUUUUUCAAUAGAAUCAUUGAAAUCCUAAUAGUCGAAUGUGUUAAAAUGAAAGUAAAAUUAUUUUUUUAUGAAGCCGAAGAGAUGGAAUAUUGCAAAAAUUAUGUCUUAACAUAAGCAAUUAAACUUAUAAUACAUACUUAUAAAGCAUACAUAAAUAGUGCACAAAUACGAAAUCUUCUUAGAUAGAAGUGUAAUAAAAUUAAUGCUUAACAAUUUAAAUUUUUUUUAGGUAAAGAAAGAAUUUGCAAGGCAAGUAACGAAUAAAAUGUUAAUAAAAAUGCAUGCGUAUAUUUUAAUAAAACAGCGUAAAAUGAAACUGCUUAAAAGAGAUUAAAAUUUCUUUAAACGGAAUGAAGGCGAAUAAACCGUUGAAUUAAUGAUUUUAA